CAGAAUUAUCUGAUUGCUUUGUAUCUUCUCUCUUGUGUUACCUGAAGAUAAUUAAAUGGCUGCUUGGUUGAUAAUUAGGCAUGACAAUCACUUUCUCUUUGCAGCUAUUAUGGCAUGUAGUGGAAGAGACCAUCCAUGUGAAGCAUAGCAGAAUGAUUGGGGGAUUUCUGCCUUCUGGGGACCCAGUGUUCUUACUCUUGCUUGCUGCUACUAGUGAAUAGUGAGGAUAACUAAAUCACAAAAAUAAUUGUUAGUGCAGGAAGAUGGUUUCCAGAUGUUGACCGGUUUCGCCACAUGAGAGGAGAGACAUGUGGACCAAUGCGUAUUGAGAGGAGAAGAUGACUGACUGAGACUGCCUUGGUCAUUAAAUACGAAAGAAAGUUUGCAUUGUCAUUGUAGCUGAGAAGAGCAGCUUGAAGACUGGAGGGGCAAUGUGAUGUGGAAAUUAAAUGGCCAGGGCCCUACUCCGGUUAAAGAAACACAAGCAAAAGCAAAAGUGCAAAACCAAAAAAAAAAAAAAAGAAAUAGAAGAAAGAAGCAAUAGGUGGAAAAGAAAGCUAGGAUAGAGUGCUCCAUUUCUAGAGAAGAUGAUCAAAAGCCAAGAAAGCAAGUGCAUUUCCAGUGAUUCCUUAGCCAUCACUUCCGCUUGCCACACCAGGUGGAAGCUGUAUAAGAACCCAUGCUACCUUAGUAUCAAACAGAUAAACAAGGUUCGGGAAGACUGCAGGAACAGAGAACACAGUCGAUAUCACCUCCACCAACCUGUUUCUGCACGUAAGAUCGCAGCUUCAUUCUGGGAUUUGGCCUUCAUUAGGCCCAUCAUGGAAUCAAUGCUAGAAAAAGCUCGAUUGCAGAUCAUAGGGCUGAAGGCUGAGUUGGAAAAGGAGCACAGCAGACGGAAGAAAGUGGAGUAUAUGAACAAGAAGCUGAUCAAACAGGUGUCUGAGGAGAGGAAAGGGAGGGAAGCAAUGGAGAGGUUAUGUGAACAACUUGCCAAAGAAGUGUCAUCCCAUAAAGCACAGAUAAACGGGUUGAAGAAAGAGAUAGAAGAGGAGAGAAAAAUGCUGCAAAUAGCUGAGGUGCUGAGAGAGGAGAGAGUUCAGAUGAAGCUUGCAGAGGCUAAGUCUUUGCUGGAAGAAAAGAUUUUGGAAUUGAAUACCACCAAGAAGUUACACAUUCAAUCGCCAAUUUCCAUUUCAGAGUCAAAGGUUGAAGAAAGUUCUAGCAAUACUCAGAGAAUUGCAGCGGAUCAUAGUUCCUCGUCCUCCCCCUCCCCUGCCUCUGGAGAACAGACAAAUUCCAUAUCUGGCAGUGACAGCAAUGUUGGUUCUUCUUCCCAACAUAGUACCUUGGCAGUUCAGGGAAAAGCCUCUCCUAAGCCUGAGAAUCCCCAUAUAAAAAGAGGGAAAAAAGGGUUCGUUGAAUUUCCAUUGGUGGUUAAAGCAAUUGGAUGCAAAAGUAGGCAUUUGGGCACAAAGUUGGAGUGUCAAAAGGCACAGCUUGGUACACUUGUGAAACACAAGAGUCCAAUCUCAUCAUGUAGCCUUAUUUGGAGCUAAAAGUUCUGAAAUCCUGUUAUACAUAGAUCCAGUUGAAUUGGGUUUGCGCUAUAAUCCUUCCCCAGAGGAUCAAGCAGUGUUGCAACUACAAGUUUUCUGUUUGAAGAUGUAUACCAAUUAUGUGUAUGUUUUGCGAUUGUGAUUGUUACUCAAUGCUGAAUGAGGUUUGAUUUUGGGAGUA